UUAGGGUUCCGGUUGACCUUGUUCUCGCCGGCCGAUGUCGAGAAGCCCUCCAGGCCCUCGUCGCCGACCGCCUCCAGGCGCUCUCCGCCCACGCUGCUGCCUCAUUCUCCCCCGUCUCCAUCAACUUCCUCUCCAAGAUCCUAGACGCCGUCCUCUCCUCCGACCCCGGUCGCGCCGUGCUCACCGCUGUCCUCUUCUCCGAUGCCGCCCGUGCUGUGCUCCCCGUCGGCCCCGUCGCCGUGGCGCUCGCCAGGCCUCCCGUCGACCGCCUCGCCGUCGACCUCCUCGACCGUGUUGUCAAGAUGCUUGACAUCCUCAACGCCGCGACCCACCGCCCGGCAACGCCACCGCAGGUUCCUCUCUUCCCAAAACAAGCCGGCAUGGCAGAGUCGAGAAAGCAAGGUUCCAGGAUGGCUGCACGUAGUCGUGGAGUCCAUGGCCUCCUGAGGUCACGACCACCGGUGCCCUACAGAGAGGGCCCUCUAGCUUAUGAGCCCACCGUGGUGUGUGCGUGCAACAGAAAGGCACCACAGUGGAUUUCAUGGAGUGAUGAUAAUUCUGGUCGGAGAUACUACAGAUGCAGCCGAGCAAGGACUGAUGGGGAAUGUAGCUUCUAUGUGUGGUAUGAUCCCGAGCACACAACAUUUAUGAAGAAUUUAUUUUUGGAUCUCCGUAAUGCUGUUUGGGAAUUGAGGAGCAAAGCGGAGGAGAUUGCUGAGCUGAAGCAAAUCAGUGACCUGCUGUCCAGCGAGAAUAAAGAGAAGGUUUUAGUCCUAAAAGCACAAGACAAGGACCUGGAGGAGAAAAAUAAGCAAUUGGUGCUCCUGUCUAAAAAGUUUAGUUUAGGGAGUAGGUGUUGUUUAUUCUAUCGUGGCUUUGUAAUGUUACUUGUUGGCUUGUCUUUUGGCCUGAUGUUAGGUGUCAUGUGACAUAUCCAUGUAACGUGUCUGAUGGAACCAUUUCUAUGUUAAGCGCUGCAAUAUCACAUUGAUCGCACCGAUCAAAAAGAUCUGGGUUAUUUGUUUCAGAUGCA